UAUGCUUUACAUAAGCCUUCCACCAACUAACAUCAGGUGUCAUACAAAUACCCAACCCAAUUUUUACUUUUUUGUUUGCUAUUUGCUCUUUAUAAGUUGUUCCCAUGCCUAACAGCGUGAUAUUAUUAGUCUUGAUAAAACAAGGCACCUUAAUCUUAUCUCAAUAUAGAUGUCGCUUGUUCCCUCUGAUAUCAGUGUGAUAAUGGUUAUUUAAGCGCACGGUUGACUGGUUAAACUUUUUAGUAUUACAAGUCAUUGGUUUCAGUUCGCACUGACAUUUAAGCAUACCGAGUUGAUUUUUCUUAAACUAAAAGAAAUGGAAUAAUUUUUUUUCCUUCCGCCAUCUAUUCCGGAAAUGAACAAUUUGUAACAAAAAAAAAAAUAAAUAAAGGAAAAUAACAGUUGAUCGUGAUCGUGUGUACUAAUGACGUUAUAUUUUAAAAAUCGUCUUUCCUAACAUCAAAAUAAGGAAUUCCUUAAAAUUAAAAACAAAAACAAUAUUUGAUGUCCCAAAAGUGACAGUUUAAAAAUUCGAAUUUUGACAAAUCUUUAGUGUUAGUAAAUAGCCUAUAAUUUUGGAAUAAUGAAAAUGCGAAUGAUGAAAUUUUUCCGUCCCCGGCCUGUGGAGACAAUACGCUCCAAUCAACUUGACAGGCAAAUAACAAAAGAUCAUAAGCUUUUUGAAAGUGCGGUAAAAAUUCUACUCCUUGGAACAGCAGAAUCGGGGAAAACCACAAUUAUCAAACAAAUGCGAAUAUUACAUAUUAACGGCUACACAGAUGAAGAACGCCGAGAAAAGAUUCCCGAAAUUUAUCAAAACAUCCAUGAAUCCAUGCACCAAUUAGCUAAGCAGAUGACAAUUUUAGGCUUAGAAUUUAGCAGCGCAGUUAGUAAAAAGAGUGCAGAAUAUAUUUUAACAAUGGGCGAAUUGGCACCGGAAAUAAUGAAUGAGGAAUACCGUGAUCAUAUUAUGACACUUUGGAACGAUAUUGGCAUUAGAGCAUGUUAUAACCGUUCGAAUGAAUUCCCCCUGCUUGAUAGUACAAAAUAUUUCUUAGAUAACUUCGAUAGAAUAUCAGACUGUAAUUACAUUCCAUCAACAGAUGACAUUUUACAUAGUCGUAAAGUCACCACUGGCAUCCAUCAAAUUUCGUUUAGAGUAAAGAUCCCGAAAUCAUUGGGUGGUGGCGAGCAAGAGUUCCGAAUGUUUGACGUUGGUGGUCAGAGGGAUCAACGCAACAAAUGGAUACAGGUGUUUGAGGGCAUUCAAGCAGUACUUUUUCUAAUCUCAUGUGGUGAUUUUGACCAGACUCUGAGGGAGGAUCCCAAACACAAUCGAUUGACAGAAGCCUUGAAUCUUUUCCGCGGUGUUUGGCAAAAUCGGUUUCUUUCUUCGGCUGGCAUAAUCGUCUUUUUGAAUAAAAUCGACAUAAUGGAACGGAAAAUCCGGGCAGGCAAGCGUAUUGGUGAUUAUUUUCCCGAAUAUGAGGAUUACCGCAAAUCACCAAAAAUGGGAAACUAUUUCUAUGAAGUUGAUUGGACAAAGAACUUUAUCAAACAAAAAUUAGUUGAUAUCACCCAAGAACCAAUCAAACGACCAUCUAGAAUGAGCAUAGAUAACCUACCACGGGAAUGUUACUACCAUUUUACCAUUGCUACAGACACUAAAAACAUCGAUCAAGUAUUUAAAGACGUUCAUAAAAUGAUUUUGACAGAAAACUUAUCAGCUGUUGGGCUGUUAUGAGGACUCACCACACCAACAAUAUGCGCUUCUGUCAGUUAUGAACUUUUACAUAUGAUAUUUUACCUGCAUUUUUAAUCUUUUUAUUUGUUGUGAAAAGAUUGAAAUCUCUUUUGACUGUGAUUAUCCUUGUACGUUAUGAUUUAAGAUAAAAAAUAAGCUUGUAUGAAAUAAUAUUUAUAAAACAUGAAAUUAUAUAUGGAUGAAAUUCAUCUUGAAAAUAAAUUUAAGAUUCUUUAGUG